AUGAUCAAAAUUUCCGGGUUUUUGAACCGCCGAACACCUUGGUGGGACGGGAGUGCAAUCUACGGCAGUGACCAAGAAACUAUGCAGAAAGUACGUACAUUCAAAGACGGGAAGCUCAAGAUUUCAGAAGAUGGACUUCUCAUCGUUAAUCCAAACGGGACUGUAUUAACAGGCGAUGUUCGAAAUAUAUGGGCUGGUCUCUCGGCUUUGCAGGCCCUCUUUGUCAAGGAACAUAACGCAAUAUGUGACGCAUUAAUGAAGGAAUACCCGGAUUUGGAAGACGAGGAGCUGUAUCGUCACGCGAGGGUAGUGACGUCAGCAGUGAUUGCGAAAGUCCACAUCAUCGAUUGGACGGUGGAGCUUCUUAAGACUGAUAUGCUGCUUGCUGGGAUGCGGGGCAAUUGGUAUGGAUUGCUCGGGAAGAGAAUCAAAGACACAAUAGGGCACACUGGAGUAACGUUGUUAAGUGGUAUCGUGGGUUCGAACAAACCCGUUGACCAUGGCGUCUCAUAUUCGUUGACCGAGGAAUUCGUCAGCGUUUACCGAAUGCACACGCUCUUACCCGAUAAACUCCUCCUCAGAAACCUUGAUGCUCUACCUGGACCAAACAAAUCUCCUCCUCCACAAAAAGAAAUUGACAUGGAGGAGAUGAUUGGUCAGCAAGGAACACAGAAUUUAUCGAAAAUUGGGUUAGCUAAGUUGAUGGUGUCAAUGGGGCACCAAUCAUGUGGCGCCAUUGAGCUUUGGAAUUAUCCGAUGUGGUUCAGGAAUCUCAUCAGUCAAAACAUCGACGGCACGGAUCGACCCGACCCGAUCGACUUACCUGCUCUCGAGAUUUACAGGGACAGGGAGAGGAGCGUCGCAAGGUACAACGAUUUUCGGAGGUCCCUUUUGCUGAUACCGAUUGCCAAAUGGGAAGACCUGACGGACGAUGAAGAGGCUAUCAAUACCCUCCGCCACGUGUACGGUGACGAUGUUGAGGAGCUCGAUACUAUGGUGGGCCUAACCGCAGAGAAGAAGAUCCCAGGGUUUGCCAUCUCCGAGACCGCUUUCGUCAUUUUCCUUCUCAUGGCAACCAGGAGACUAGAAGCAGAUAAAUUUUUCACUAGUGAUUUCAACGAAGAAGUGUACACGAAGAAAGGCCUUGAAUGGGUGAACACAACUGAGAGCCUGAAAGAUGUGCUCGACCGGCAUUUCCCGGAGAUGAGUGGCAAGUGGAUGAACUCCGCAAGCGCAUUUUCCGUUUGGGACGCGCCGCUGCCGACGCCUAAUCCUGUUCCGCUCUAUUUCCGGCGUCCAAACUAG